UGGGAUGCUGGGGUAAUCCGUGAGGCGGUGAGCUCCCCGGGGGAGAUGAUUUUAUCACCGCUAGGACUUCAUGCUGGUUCUAACUCGUGCUUCUCCAGUAAAUUCCCGGUGUGAGAGCGGCUCUCCUGUGUAGUUUAAGCCGCUAUUUUUUUUUUUAAAGAAAACAUUCCUUGACGGCUAAAGGAGCAGCAGCCGCAGGGAGCAGAACUAGCAAGCCGCGGCCGCUUGACAGGUGCCAUCGCCCGGCUUUACGCAGCAGACAUGCCGCCUGUCCAGAGAACGAUGUCGGACGUUCGGAGUCGGGUGGAGGGAUAUGAAAAAACUGAGGACACGUCAGAAAAAACAUCUUUAGCUGACCAAGAAGACGCUCGACUGAUCUACAUCAACCAGCUGCAGUUCACCAAGUUUUGCAGUAAUCGGGUCAGCACAGCCAAAUAUAACGUCCUCACCUUCCUUCCUCGAUUCCUCUACUCCCAGUUCCGGAGGGCAGCCAAUGCCUUCUUCCUCUUCAUUGCACUCUUGCAGCAAAUCCCAGAUGUGUCUCCCACUGGUCGUUGGACCACACUGGUUCCAUUGCUCUUCAUCCUGGUGGUGGCUGCUGUAAAGGAGGUCAUUGAGGAUCUGAAACGUCACAAAGCUGACAAUGUUGUCAACAAAAAGGAAUGUCAAGUACUGAGGAAUGGUGCCUGGGAGAUUGUGCACUGGGAGAAGGUGGCUGUUGGGGAAGUAGUCAGAGCCGCAAAUGGGGAUCAUCUCCCGGCUGACCUCGUCAUACUAUCGUCCAGUGAACCACAGGCCAUGUGCUACAUUGAAACAUCUAAUUUGGAUGGAGAAACAAACCUUAAAAUCAGACAGGGUCUCCAAGUAACUGCAGACCUCAAAGACAUCGACAACCUGACGCGUCUCUCUGGGCGCAUGGAGUGUGAGAGUCCAAACCGCCAUCUGUACGAGUUUGUUGGGAAUAUCCGCCUGAAUGGACAGAGUACAGUACCACUGGGUCCUGACCAGAUCUUACUGAGAGGAGCCCAGCUGCGGAACACCCAAUGGGUCCACGGUGUGGUGGUUUUUACAGGACACGACACAAAGCUUAUGCAGAAUUCCACUCGGCCACCUCUCAAGCUUUCCAACGUUGAACGCAUCACCAACUUUCAGAUCCUUGUGCUGUUUGGCUGCCUGCUGGCCAUCUCUCUGGUCUGCUCUGUUGGCCAAACCAUCUGGAAGUACCAGUACGGCAAUGACGCCUGGUACAUGGAUCUCAACUAUGGGGGGGCAGCUAACUUUGGCCUCAACUUCCUAACCUUCAUCAUUCUGUUCAACAACUUGAUCCCCAUCAGUCUCUUGGUCACCCUGGAAGUUAUCAAGUUCAUUCAAGCUUAUUUCAUCAACUGGGACACAGAUAUGCACUAUGAGCCCACAAACACACCCGCAAUGGCUCGCACAUCCAAUCUGAAUGAAGAAUUGGGUCAGGUGAAAUACAUUUUCUCUGACAAAACGGGGACCCUGACCUGCAACGUGAUGCAGUUCAAGAAGUGCACCAUUGCUGGAGUCACGUAUGGUCACAUCCCUGAGGCUGAGGAGGGUAGUUUUGCGGAGGAUGACCGGCACAGCACACACUCAUCAGAAGAGGCAGGAUUUAAUGACCCAAGCUUACUGGAAAAUCUCCAAAGUAAUCACCCCACAGCUGCUGUCAUCCUGGAGUUCAUGACCAUGAUGGCCAUCUGUCACACUGCAGUCCCUGAACACACUGAAGGCAAAAUCACCUACCAGGCAGCAUCUCCAGACGAAGGAGCUCUGGUGAGAGCAGCACACAACCUGGGCUUUGUUUUUUCUGGCAGAACCCCCGACAGCGUCAUUGUGCAAAUGCUUGGAACAGAGGAAAAAUAUGAACUGCUUCAUGUUCUGGAGUUUACAAGUGCCAGGAAGAGGAUGUCAGUCAUCAUGCGCACCCCAUCUGGGAAGAUUCGCCUGUACUGCAAAGGCGCUGACACCGUGAUCAAUGACCGGCUGGCUGACAGCUCCAAGUACAAAGAAAUCACACUGAAGCAUCUGGAACAGUUUGCCACAGAGGGGCUGCGUACUCUUUGCUUUGCGGUGGCAGACAUCAGCGAGUCGUCCUACCAGCAGUGGCUGGAGGUCUACCACCGGGCCUGCACCUCUUUGCAGAACAGAGCACUGAAACUGGAGGAGAGCUACGAACUGAUAGAGACGAACCUGCAGCUCUUGGGGGCCACAGCCAUAGAAGACAAGCUUCAGGAUAAGGUCCCUGAAACCAUUGAGACUUUGAUGAAGGCUGAUAUCAAGAUCUGGAUUUUGACCGGAGACAAGCAAGAAACAGCCAUCAAUAUUGGACAUUCCUGCAAACUGCUGACGAAGAACAUGGGCAUGCUCGUGAUCAAUGAAGACACUCUUGAUAGAACCAGAGAAUCCCUGAGCUACCACUGUGGAAUGUUGGGAGAUGCCCUCUAUAAGGAAAAUGACUUUGCUCUCAUUAUUGAUGGGAAGACUCUGAAAUAUGCCCUUACAUUUGGAGUGCGUCAGUACUUCUUGGACCUGGCCCUGUCGUGUAAAGCGGUCAUAUGCUGCAGAGUGUCUCCACUUCAGAAGUCGGAGGUGGUAGAGAUGGUAAAGAAACAGGUUAAGGUGAUCACGCUGGCUAUUGGUGAUGGUGCCAAUGAUGUGGGGAUGAUCCAGACGGCCCAUGUUGGGGUGGGAAUCUCAGGCAACGAGGGCCUGCAGGCAGCAAACUCCUCCGACUAUUCGAUCGCCCAGUUCAAAUACUUGAAGAAUUUGCUGCUGGUCCAUGGAGCCUGGAAUUACAAUCGUGUGGCCAAGUGCAUCUUAUACUGCUUCUACAAGAAUAUUGUCCUCUAUAUCAUUGAGAUCUGGUUUGCAUUCGUCAAUGGCUUCUCUGGUCAGAUUCUCUUUGAGCGCUGGUGCAUCGGUCUAUACAAUGUGAUCUUCACUGCUCUGCCUCCUCUCACUCUGGGCAUAUUUGAACGUUCGUGCAGGAAAGAGAACAUGCUGAAGUACCCAGAACUCUACAAAACCUCCCAGAACGCUAUGGGUUUUAAUACCAAGGUCUUCUGGGCCCAUUGUCCUCACGGCCUCUUCCACUCCGUCAUCCUCUUCUGGUUCCCACUUAAAGCCUUCCAGCAUGAUACAGUUUUUGGCAAUGGAAGAACUCCAGACUAUCUCCUCUUAGGCAACAUGGUUUACACAUUUGUGGUCAUCACAGUUUGUCUUAAAGCUGGCCUUGAGACUUCAUCCUGGACCAUGUUUAGUCACAUUGCCAUCUGGGGAAGCAUUGCCCUGUGGGUGGUGUUUUUUGGAAUCUACUCCUCCCUAUGGCCCCUCAUCCCUCUGGCUCCCGACAUGUCAGGAGAGGCGGACAUGAUGUUCAAAUCGGGGGUCUUCUGGAUGGGCCUGUUCUUCAUCCCGGUCACCUCGCUGGUCUUUGACGUGGCCUACAAAGUUGUGAAGAAGUUGUGUUUUAAGACCCUGGUGGAUGAGGUGCAGGAGCUGGAGGCCUUAUCCAAAGAUCCUGGAGCGGUGGUACAAGGAAAGAGUCUGACGGAGAGGGCUCAGCUCCUGAAGAACGUCUUUAAGAAGAGCACGGUCAGUCUGUACCGCUCCGACUCCAUGCAGCAGAACCUGCUCCAUGGCUACGCCUUCUCUCAAGAUGAGAACGGAGUUGUGUCACAGUCUGAGGUCAUCAGGGCGUACGACACCACCAAACAGCGGACCACCGAGUGGUGAGCCCCAGCGCUCUCGGCCCAGCUGGCCUAUCCAGAGCCGCAAUGAAUGUUUCUGGCGGCGCAACAAUUUGACGUUAAGGUGGAGAAGCCAACGUGGUGCGAGCAUGUGCCUCCAGCUUGAGGAGGAACCUUGGACUCGAUAACAAGAUGGAAAAAGAAGGAAUCAUGGAACCAAACAUGUUGAGAAAGUGUUGACGAUGCUGUAUUUAUGUGUCCGGCAGACAUGACGAGCACUGUGCUUUUCUUAGCCGUCUGUGGUGUGAGAUUAUUUUUCACUUUUCUUACUCACUUUAUUGAAGUCUGCUUCUUAGCACUGAGGACACAGAAAAGAAACUCCGAAACACUGUUGCUCUAAAAUGUAAAAACACUGGACAGAUUAAUUUAGAAAAGGAAAAAAAAUGUAAUCUUAUUCGCUCGAGGUUGCCAAAAAGCAGAAAUACAGUAAAAUACAAUCUCCCAAAUCCGGGUGAGUUUAGAAAAUCCUACCAUCAGAUGUAAUCACACUCCUGAGAAUUCCAGCACUGAACGGACAUUAACAUUUUUAUUUUAAUAUUUGCACUUGACGUAAACAUGCAUCUGUUUUGUCAGGGUUUAAAUUUGCUCAUGCCUUCAUCAUUAUGUAAAAAAAAAAAAAAAAAUCAUAUUUUUCGUAAAUGGUGUAAAUUUUGUGCCUGUUUUUUGUUUAGUUGCCUCCUGCAGUGUAGUCAGUUUUCUGUCACUCAAACACCUGCACUUCUCACGUCACUCGACCACAACGGUGCCUACGUAGUACUUUUUCCUCGUAGCUUAGCCAGCUAGCUUAGAG